AUGGGUAGUGUGAGACACGCGCGAGCCGUUCAUGUCCCCGAUCUCGCUGUUCACGCUGUAGCCUCUUCACCGCAACUUGCUGCCCACUUUUCGACAAUCGCUCCCCCCGCCGGCCCUGGCUUCCAGGUGAAGCAGGAGCUACUCGACCACGAGCGCGUCCCAUCUCCGGUGGACGUGCGUACAGGCGUGUCCUCUUCCUCCAUCCCGCCUGCGGUCGAUAAGACGCGUCUUGUGGAGCGGUAUCGCGUCAAUCAGCGUUCUCGCGCCUCUCGUGCCCCGGCGGUGUGGCCAAGUCCUCCUGUGUCCUCUGGACCCGGAGAGACUGACCUCGCACGCAACUCAUCGUAUCGCAAGCCGUCGGAGGGCAACAAGGAGAAUCGGGUUCAAACGAUCGCCAGGGACAUGGCUACGUCUGACCAUGCCUCUCUCCCGUCCACGUUAUAUGCGCCCGCAUCCGUCUCUCAGCUUCCCCUUCAUCCGACGCGCACAGAACCUUUGAACAGUAACAAAGAGUUCUCACCUCUAUCGAUCGGAAAGAUCUUAGCCGGCAUGAAUGCGUCCCACAGCAAUCCCAGCACACGUUCUGCAACUGGCAAGCCCUCCGGCCCUGCCUCCACAUCUCCGGUCCCGUCUUCGUAUAUUAUUCUAUCCUUCCGUGGCGAACGCGUACAAUGCGAUCUUGAGUCGCUCGAUGAGAACCCAACAGGAAUAAUUGCAGUCUUGCGCGCGACGGCCAACCAACGGGUUGAGCGCGAUAAGUGGAUGAUUGUGGGCGGACACUACCGCAGCAAGGGCAUGGUCAGAGCCGCUGUUGCCGUCAUCGCCGCCAUGGUCGAAGCUCUCACGUCACCGCCAGCGGGCGUACCGCCAGAUGAGCUGAAGCCAGCAUAUUUGAUGCUCUCUAGCUGCCACACAGACCUCGCCAAGCAGACGCGUACAGCGGAUGGGGGAGAGACGCCCGAGAGUGCAUCGCACAUGCGCAAGGCGGCAGAGCUGUUGCAGAAGGUCUAUGGCACGCACAUGCCGGUGGCCAAGCACGAAGAGGAGGAGGGCGAGCUGGAAUGCGCCGCACGCCUGGCGUCAAUGGACGUGUCUCCCGCGGCACUCGCUCGGUCCCGUCUUGCCAACGCGAGCAAUUUGCCGCGUUCCCCGGAUCACUCUCGAGAGCGCAGCCGGACGCAGAGCAACCAUGUCGCGACGUUAGAGCGCGAGAUCCAAUCUCUUCGCGAUAGGCAGGCAUCCAGUAGCGCGUCUGCGUCACAGCUGCGAGCCUCCAAACGCAAGCUGGAGGAAGACAUCAAUGAGGAGCGCCGAAUUCGUCGUCGGGCAGAGCGCGCGCUGGACACGGCAGCCGAUGACCUCGCCAGCGCUCGUCGUGGGGAGAAGGGCGCGCUCGAUCAGUGCAAGGUCGAACUGGAGGCGCGUCGCCGCGCAGAAGUGCGCGUGGAAGAGUUGGAAGCGGAAUUGGCCGCAUUCAGGAGGGAGGGACGCGAGAUCAGGGAGGAGAGGAGACGGGAAAGGGAUAGUUGCGGGACGAUAGCCGUUCUGCUCCUCAAGUUGGCAAAAGGAGAGGAGGUUGACCGAAGGACGUUGGAUGCCGUGGUAGGAGGAAGCGCGACAGAACGCGGCGGACAUCACAGCAUCAGUGGUGGUGAGAUGUAG